AUGAGCACUGGUCAGGCUGGCUGUUGCAGAGAGGCAGAGGGAGCACCAGCGGUCCCUACGAUGUCCCCUCCUGAACCCCCAUUACAGCACCAGGUCAAUCUGUGUCCCAUUAGCCUACAAGUUGGGAUGGAACUGGCAUUCCUUGCCUCAAGCAUCUGUAUGGACCCGUUAUUGGCCCCUCGUGAGCUUCUUGAGACAGAGGGAGGGUCGGUAGCCCCUGCAGAUGGACCCCCUGCUGACGUCAAUGCACAGCGUGCAGAUCCACCAGACGCUGAAGGCACCGCAUCGCUAGUGGAGGAUAUACCCUUAGCUUCCGGCGUUGCCCCCAGUGAACGGGGCGAGUGUACUCUUGGAGGGGAGAGUGAAGAUCACUCGGAGAGUAGGCCCCUGCCUUCGGGGAUAUCGGCAAACCUUGCUCAUCGAGGGUCAGCUCUACAUAUAUGUUUUCCACGGGAUUCUCUAGAUUUCGGCUCUAAUACCACAUGGAAGCGUGUGCUCAGCGCUUACGGGUUAGGGACCACGCCCACUGCACGCAUCGUUGAGCAGCUGCUGGCUCAAUUUAUAUAUGAUAUGGCCGGAAAGGUUCCGAGGAAUCAUGGGGCUAAGCCCAACCCUUACGACCCCACUGAGAUGUUUAUGCUCGAACCUCUCUGUCGGGCAUCACAACGUGGCGUUUCGCUGACUGCUACGCUGUCUCAGGCCUUGCACUCAACGGAACAAGCUACGCUGAUACUGCAACAAGAUGAGAUGCCAACCUACGGGAGUCGCUUGCAGGAGCUUUUGGAAUCAGACAGCAGUGUGAAUCUGCUCUAUGCUCCAACUACUGAAGAGAGUGCGUCGGCAGCCCCGAGAACGCCAGGGAGGCGCACAAGCUCCCCACAGUCGGAUAUCUCCCCGGCAUGGGACAGUAGCACCGCCUUCAGAAGCGGUCUGAGCAGCAGCAUGAGUGCCUGUGCACAGCCUGGGGAAGAACACAGACCUGCAUCACUGCAAGCCACCUGGCAGCAGCAACAGUCCGACGGGCAGUCUUUCAUUCAGCCUUCCGGGGUAGUGGGGCCACAGAGCGGCCAUCCACAGGCCGCAAUACUCUCUAGAGAAGCGCAAGAGCUUGUAGAUGCUUUUGAAACAGUUGAACGAACCCGUACAUUAGUAGAAACGGAGGCAGAGACUCGGAGUGACGCAGUACAGUGCGGAGGCAGCCUGUUAUCCCCAGCGAGAGCUCCCCACCUGCCUGCCCUUACCCGUGCUAGGGGCCGCACAGGCCUGCUGCUAGGUCGAUCACAUAUCUCUGAACGUCUUGAAGCGUCGCUGUCUCUCUCUGCGCCCCCUCCCUCAGGCUCUCGGAGGCCCUCUGAGCACGAGACUGCUUCGGCCAUGUGGGAGCCUCACACUGAGGAGUCCCAUGAAGGGGGAGCACAGGCACUUCGUGAUACAGUGGCAGACUGUAACAUGAGCGGGGAGCCCAAUAGCCGCGGAAGCGAAGACGACCGCUCCUAUGGUACAACCCGGGGCAGGCAACGUUCCGAGUCUGCGGGCUGCGGGGCUUGUGACACUUCAUUUGCGGGAACGUCACACUCGCCUCAGAGGGCGAGCAUCAGCCUGUCCUUUCGAUCUAGAGUGGGGGGUCUUGUACUUCAGGGAAGGCCGGUGCCUCACGGUAGAGGGGAGUGGCCUGAGUCUUCUUCUAGGAAUAGGGGGGUUACGCAGGCUGCUCCUCAGGACCUCGAAUCAAUGGCUCGUGGCUCUGGGCUAUCCACCCACUUUCCUCGUGCUUCGUGUGCCGUGGGCUCUGUACACGAGGGGCAGGAAGAGCAAGCCCCUCUUCCAGCGCUACUGGAAUCAGGACUCCCCUCCGCUCUUGACUCUCACAGGGAAGAGACGCGGCUGGCUGGAGCCUUUCAACUGGGAACGAGGCAAGACCGGACUUCAGAUGAGCCUACAGACGAGGCAUGGCUGCGGCCUCAUCCUUGGGCCCCUUGGAGAAUAGAAGAACCAACAGACUAUUCCCGGUGGGAGCAGCAGCUUCCACUGAAUGUCCAGUUGGGUGCCCAUCAGUUUGCCCUGCCUCAUUUCGUUGCUCCUCAGGGAAAUGUUGUAGGGGCCAGCAUAAGGAAUUUGAACCUAUGCCACAGCGUGGCGCCACAAGUUGAACACGCAACAAGCUACUCAGCACGCGUGACUGGACAUGGACUGCAGCAACAGGAACAGCCGCUUUACGACCCUCGUCCCCAGCCCCCUGCUCGGGAGUCUAAUGAGCGAUGUGUCUCACGCCGCACACUUACAGCAACUACGGGCAAUCGCAGACGCUCUCACAAUCCAAACGAGCACUCAAUGCGCCUCGUAGAAUAUGCAGUGUGGGAUAUCGAAGACCAGCGGUGUCUGGAGCCACAGCCACGGAUGUGUAGUUCACUGGUACCACAGCCUCGGCGACCCCCAGACACAGAGCCUAACCAGCGAGCGGAGCAUCAGGGGCUUCUUUACCACAAUGAGGCUCUUCGAGGAGAUAUAGCCUCACAAUUCACGGAGGUGAAUGAACAGCAGCAGGAUAAUCAGGUCGUCCGUUCGCCAACAGGGUUCAACGCAAAUGCAGCUCGUCCUGCCCAACCACCUCUUCGGGCAGUGGAACCGUCUGACAGCCCGCUACAGCCAUUGGCAGCCUCGCACGUUCAAGGGCAGUGUGUUUGUCCAAUUGGCAUGGGGACGGAGGUCACCUUGAUAACUCUAGCCCCCUCGGCCAUUUCUGAUUCUUUUUUAAGACCUGGAAGGGCCCCUAGACAGCCGCCAGAGCCGUCGCAAGAUGGCCCUGGUUACCCAGAGCCUUUAACUCAGGAGUCCAACAUUGCUGCUCCUGAUUUCACUGCCAGACGCACGACACCCUCCAAUUCUUUCCUGGAGGUAGAGAGGGACUACGCUUCUUCCACGAGACGGUACAGGGGUGGGAGCCUUGCCAACAGUGGGGCCCAAGGUGCCCUUGGUCUGUACGGGGCUUCAGGAUCGGGAGAGAACACUAGCGCCUAUGAGCCUGCCUUGGCACAAAGCCAAAUGUGUGGAUCGUCUCCUCAGCGGCAGAUAUCCAGCCUUUCACGAACUGAUGCCCAGAGGACAGAAGCUGGUCAGCCUUUGCAGCAGCAUCUGGUAGAGCAGUGGAUGCGCAAGAGUGAGGCUCACAUGGAGGGCCUCGAACGGCUGAUGCAGCGUCUACUAUUUAUCCUAGAAAGCGUUGAGGCGAGGGAACUCGGUUUGAACUAA